AUGGACAAGAUGAUACAAACAGGCAGUGGUGAAGUUGUUAUGACUAAUGAUGGGGCAACUAUUUUAAAACAUAUGGCACUUGUUGUUUUGUCUGCAGCACAGGAUGUUGAAGCUGGUGAUGGUACUACAUCAUAUUUCCUAAAAAUUCUAGGAAUACAUCCAACAACUAUUGCUGAAGUUUUCCAACGUGCUGCAACAAAAUCAUCUGAAUUUUUAACGGAAAUGUCAACUCAAAUUGAUUUGUCUGAUCGAAAUUCUUUAUUAAGGGCUGCAAGCACAUCUUUAAAUUCAAAGAUUGUUUCUCAACAUUCAAGUCUUCUUGCACCUAUUGCUGUAGAUUCUGUAUUACGUGUUAUUGAUUCCGUAACAGCAACCAAUGUUGAUUUAAGAGAUAUCCGUAUAGUUAAAAAAGUUGGUGGAACAAUUGAUGAUACAGAGUUGGUUGAUGGACUUGUUUUGACCCAAAAUGUUGUUAAAGAUUCAGGGGGUCCUUCACGUAUUGAAAAAGCAAAAAUUGGUCUUAUUCAAUUCCAAUUAUCACCACCAAAACCAGAUAUGGAAAAUCAAAUAGUGGUAAAUGAUUAUAUACUUAUGGACAAAAUUUUAAAAGAAGAACGCCAAUAUCUUCUUAAUAUGUGUAAAAAAAUUAAAAAAACAGGCUGUAAUGUUUUACUGAUACAAAAAUCAAUUAUACGUGACGCAGUGAAUGAUUUAUCUUUACAUUUUCUAUCGAAAUUAAAAAUAUUGGUUGUAAAGGAUAUAGAAAGAGAUGAAGUUGAAUUUAUUUGUAAGAGUACCGGGUGUAAGCCAAUUGCAGACAUUGAAUCAUUUACUGAGGAUAAAUUGGGUUAUGCAGAAUUGGUUGAUGAAGUACAAACUUCUGGUGCUAGGGUUGUUAAGAUUACAGGAGUUAAACAUAACGGAAAAACUGUAUCAAUUUUAAGUCGUGGAGCUAAUUCACUUGUGUUAGAAGAGGCUGGACGUUCAUUACAUGAUGCACUUUGUGUUAUUCGUUGUUUGGUUAAGAAAAAUGCUCUUAUUGCUGGUGGAGGUGCUCCUGAAAUCGAAGUUUCUCAAAGUUUGUCUGAUUAUGCUAAAUCACUUAAAGGAAUGGAAGCACAUUGUUUUGAAGCAUUUGCAACUGCGCUUGAAGUUAUUCCAUUAACUUUAGCUGAAAUGCAGCCAUUACUUGUAUCUACUAGUGCUAUAGAGUUGGCUUCAGAAACUGUUAAAAUGAUAUUAAAAAUUGAUGAUUUGGUAAGAUUAUUAUUGAGUUAUGAUUAA